AUGGCCCUCCCUGUGCCAAUUGCCAUAUGGAUCGCGUUGAAUGUGUUGUCAGGAAAGAAGAACGGCGGAUACCACCCAGGUUUCGCUGCUGAUAUUCGACUGCAGGAAUGGUCUCCUCAUAGCCAAGCAAUUAGCACGUUUGAUCAAAAGAUGGGAGAUGCUAUCCAGCAAUUGAUAUUUCCUCGCGUCUGUCUCCCAGACUUCAUUAAAGCACUUCCACGAAAUCUGGAACACGAAGAUAUCCGCUAUUUAGCAGCUAAGGGCGCAUUAACAGUGCCAGAUACAGCACUGCAGGUUGAGCUGCUAAAAUCAUACUUGCUGUACGACUUCGACUCCGAGCAUGACCAAGUCUCGGUCGUACAAUCGCUCCUUCUAAUGACCUGCGGAUAUGAGACACCCGACGACCUAAAAAGUCCCUGGCACUGGAUCGGAGUGAGCCUAUCGCUGUCCCGCACCAUUGGACUUAACCUUGACCAAACCAACUCUAGGAUGGAAACUUGGAGGAAACAGCUUUGGAAGCGUGUCUGGUGGAGUACGUACACUCGGGACACUUUUAUUGCGAUUGGCAUGCGGCAACCCAGGCAUGUGAAAGACCAUGAUUACAAUGUACCGUUGUUGACAGUCGACGAUUUUGAGUGUAAGAGAUUUCCUGCCGAAGUGUUGAAUAUGCUCGACGGGUGCGAGGUACUGCAAAACGUUGAAUGCCAGCGACAUAUGGCCUUGAUGUUCGUUCAUAAGUGCAAAUUAUGUCUCACUGUCAGCCGAGACUUGCCCAACCGAAGCUCAAUCUUGAACCAUCAUUUCGGGGGUCGAGCUAAAGUUACUGAGACCCUGAUUCCAAAGAAUUCCCUUUCAGGGAAGUCCCCAGCCAUGCACUGGUAUGACAAACUUGAGAAUUGGAAAGCAAACCUCCCUUGUGAGAUACGAUACAUCUCUCCAGCAGGAACGGAUAUGGCACCUGCUGAGUCCUCAUUACAUCUCCACCGUGCCUUUUUACAGAUGAUCUACCUCAUGACAUUCAGCACUAUAUUUUGGCCAGAGAUGCUUCCUGAAACCCAGCAUUCGACUAUGGCAGCUAGAUUGCAUGAAGACUGGUGGACUAAAGUGCGGUCUGCUGCUGGGAUGAUCAGCACUAUUGCCGAGGACCUCCAUAAACUUGAUCUAAUCCGCUAUCUUCCGACCACUGCUGUUACCGCUCUCCUGCAUGCUACGAUAGUCCUUUUGUUGGACCUCAAGUCAGACGAAUCCAGUACACGGAUAGCCAGCCUACAGCGCUUCUACCAAUGUAUGCGAAUACUGGAUCGGCUUCGUGAACUUCACCCACCGGCUGAUGUCGCUAUCUCUUUUCUUGAAGCCGUCGUCCAUAAAGCCGGUCUUCGACUAAGCAUGCCAGAAGCUGCCAAACCAGGGGUACCGCCAGGGACAAACUGUCCUACAGUCUCGCAGCCGCUGUGUGACAUUUUAGUGCGACAGCUCCUAAACAUGCCUUCCCUUUUGCCCAAUACUGGCUUCCACUGCCAACGAAGGGACAAUGAAGCUUUGAUCAUUAGAGAAAUACAUCCAUAUUUGGACGGUGGUGGCUGGAACUUGGAUUCUAAUGUUCACUACAAUGAGCUUGAGUUGUGGCACGGACUCAACAACUCAUCUGACCAAGUCAACGAUGUCCAGUUUAUGCAAAAUGUCUUUGACGGUCUCUUCGAUACAGAAGCCCGUCUAUUUGCCGGUCAAGAAGGUCUGUUUUUGGAUAGGCCGCACAUCUGA